AUGAGGACCACUCUCCUCACAGCCGCCGCCGCCGCCGCCACCACACUCCUCCCCCUCCUCCUCCUCCUCUCCGUGGCUGAUUCCGGCGAGCCACCGUUCUCGUGCGGACCGCAAGCAAAUCAGUUCGGCUUCUGCCGGACGAACCUCUCGAUCCGCGACAGAGCCAGGGACCUCGUCUCCCGCCUCACGCUCGACGAGAAGAUAUCCCAGCUGGCCAACUCCGCCCCGGCCAUCCCCCGCCUCGGCAUCCCCGCCUACGAAUGGUGGUCGGAGGCCCUGCACGGCGUGUCCGACUACGGCCGCGGCGUUUCCUUCUCUGGCGGCCGGAUCACGGCCGCCACCAGCUUCCCUCAAGUCAUCCUCUCUGCUGCAAGCUUCGAUUCUCGCCUCUGGUACCGUAUUGGUCAGGCGAUUGGUAAAGAGGCAAGGGCAAUGUACAACGCAGGGCAGACAAAAGGGCUGACGUUUUGGGCGCCAAACGUUAACAUAUUCCGAGACCCGAGAUGGGGGAGAGGGCAGGAGACACCUGGCGAGGAUCCAUUGGUCGCUGGAAAGUAUGCCGUGGCAUAUGUGAGGGGAAUUCAGGGGGACGAUUUUGAUAAUAACGAUAGAAUUGGGGGGAAGAUUAGUAUUAAGAAGAAUCUUCAGGCCUCUGCUUGCUGCAAACAUUUUACUGCCUAUGAUUUGGACAAGUGGAAUGGCGUCACUCGCUAUGCUUUUAAUGCUAUCGUGACGAAUCAAGAUUUGGCAGACACAUACCAGCCUCCCUUUGAGAAGUGCAUUAAAGACGGAAGAGCAAGCGGGAUUAUGUGUGCUUACAAUCGAGUCAAUGGAGUUCCAAACUGUGCUGACAGAAACCUCCUAACCAAUACAUCUCGCAAACUAUGGGGAUUUCAUGGGUACAUUACAUCGGAUUGUGAUGCCGUGUCCGUAAUUCACGAUAGUUAUAACUAUGCGAAAUUGCCUGAAGAUGCAGUUGCGGAUGUGCUCAAUGCCGGCAUGGACAUCGACUGCGGCACGUAUCUUCAGAGAUACACGAAAUCCGCAGUCGAGCAGAGAAAGCUCGCCGAAUUCCAAAUCGACCGGGCCCUCCACAACCUGUUCGCGGUCCGUAUGAGGCUCGGCUUAUUCAACGGUGACCCAAAAGACCAUCCGUUCGGCCAAAUCGGUCCCGACCAAAUUUGCUCGGACGAGCACCAACAGCUAGCCCUCGAGGCCGCAACAGAUGGCAUUGUCCUACUAAAGAACUCCGAAAAUCUCCUUCCUUUCGACAAGUCCCGGACUCGAAGCCUCGCUGUCAUCGGCCCCAACGCGCGCUAUGCGUACGUGCUUCUCGGGAAUUAUGAGGGGCCUCCUUGCCAAUCCGUGGAGAUCGAUCGUGCAUUAGAGAGUUACGUGGGAGAGCUGCUGUACCACAGUGGGUGCAAUGAUGGUGUGAGUUGUACCUCGGCUGACGUUGCGGGUGCGGUUGACGUGGCGAAGAAUGCGGACCGUGUGGUUUUGGUGAUGGGUUUGGAUAAUGGUCAGGAGAAAGAGGACGAGGACCGCGUGGAUCUCGUGCUGCCAGGUCAGCAGGAGACGCUCGUGAGUGCGGUGGCAGAGGCUUCGAAGGAUCCGGUCGUGCUUGUUUUGGUUUGUGGUGGGCCUGUUGAUGUUGGGUUUGCGAAAGAUGAUGAGAAAAUCGGCGGGAUAAUUUGGGCCGGGUACCCGGGGGAGGCUGGUGGGGCCGCGCUUGCGCAGAUCAUAUUUGGCGAGCACAAUCCAGGAGGGAAAUUACCGAUGACUUGGUAUCCGAAAGAGUUCGUUAGGGUGCCAAUGACGGACAUGAGAAUGAGGGCCGAUUUAGCAACGGGUUACCCGGGGCGUACUUACCGGUUUUACAAUGGAACAAAGGUGUUCGAAUUUGGCUACGGACUUAGCUACACGAAAUAUAGCUACGAGUUCUUGGCUUCUACUCCGAACACUAUCGACCUAAACCGGCUAACGUCUCGUAAUUCUCGAGCAACUGGUGAUGAUGACAAGAGUCCACGUUCGCUAGAUUAUCUAUCGGUUUCGAAAAUUGGGGAGGACGCGUGCGAAAGUUUGAAGUUUUCGGCUCGUUUGGGAGUGGAGAACGCCGGGAAUAUGUACGGAAAACAUCCGGUCUUGCUUUUCGUAGCACAUGAGGACGAGGCUGAGGGGAGUGUCGGUGGCCGACCCGAGAGACAGCUGGCGGGGUUCGAGAGCGUGAGCUUGAAUGCGGGAGAACGAAUGGAAGUGGAAUUCGAGUUAAAUCCUUGCUUGCAUCUUGCAACUGCUAAUGAAGAUGGUGAGAUGGUGAUAGAAAGGGGAUAUAAGAGGUUAAUUGUGGAGGACAAAGAAUUUGCUGUUCAGGUUGUGUUUUGA